AUGAAAGGAGGGCAGUUGGAGGAGGAAUGGUGCAUAGCCGAUGAGCAGACCCCAGACGAGGAGCUGCAAAUGGCGCUUAAUUGGGCUUGUCAAGUGGGAGGAGCAGACUGCAGUAAGAUCCAAGAAAACCAAGCAUGCUACUUGCCCAACACUCUACAGCACCACGCCUCUUACGCCUUCAACAAUUACUAUCAAAAGUUGAAGCAGCAAGGAGGGACUUGCUACUUCAAUGCUGCUGCUUUCGUCACUGCCCUUGAUCCAAGUCAUAAUUCGUGCAAGUUUGAGUACCUUCCUUGA